UAAGAUGCGCAUGCAUUUACUAUUUGGCACCCACGGCUGGACGAGAGAAACUUUCAAAAAGCUUAAAAUUCGUUAAUGUAAAUCUUAACACAUUUAGAAAAUGUUGCAAAUGCAUUUAUUGUCUAUGUGGUGUAUUUGUGCGAUAAACCGAUAAAGCGAAUUAACUUUUAACCUCUGUUUUCUUCGAAUGUUUGAGUUUUUGGAGAAGUUUCUGCUAUCCACUUGCCAUGGAUCAAACGUUGCGUUUUGGAGAAAGUGGAGGUUUCUUGUGGUCAAGGCAGAUAUCUGACUCCAGUACUGUGUGGGGACACCAUUCAAGAACAUGAGGUUUGGAAUGGUGACUGCCUCUUUCAGUGAGCGUUGGGGAAUCAGUCGAGGACACCAUUCACAGUAUCUCAGCAGUGCGUACUGCACACAUCUCUUGUCCUGGAGUGUGAACGACGGCCUUUUAGUGAAGACACCUGGCCUCAUCCACAUUUUGAUUGCCAGCCACAUCAGAUAUGUCAAUGGGAAGAAGUGUUUGACAUACGGACAUGGAGUUAACACUGCGAAUGACAUGUCAUGUGUCCAAUGAGGAGGAUUGAGUGUUGCUUCAACCUGGUGUCAGUUCUUAGUGAUUCAGUGGUGUCUUAUUUAUCGAGGCAUCGCUGACAGUUCCGUUCCGUUCCAUUUUGCAUAAUCAUCUCUGCCAUUGGAAGAAACCCAAUGUCUGCCUGCAGCAGUUCCACCCCGCCGUCCUUCCCUAAAGCUUACCUCCACUCACAACUCCCAGCCGCGCCACCGACCCCGUCGCCGUCGCCGAGUCCCCCGGCGCCCCUUUACAGCCGCCUGUCCAACGGGAGUCACGGGAGUCACGGUCACAGCGCUCCCAGUCCCACCAACUCCCGGAGCUCCUUCCACGGAGUGUCCUUCCUCCUCCAGAUCGGCCUGACCAGGGAGACGGUGAACCUGGAGAGCCAUGACCUGUCGCUGUCUGCUGUCAAAGACCUGGUCUGCUCUAUUGUCGACCAGAAGUUUCCGGAGUGUGGCUUCUUUGGCAUGUAUGACAAGAUUCUGCUCUUCCGCCAUGACCUGAACUCUGAAAACAUCCUCCAGAGGCUGACAUCAGCAGAGGAUAUCCAUGAGGGAGAUCUCAUAGAGGUGGUGCUCUCUGCGUUAGCUACAGUGAAGGACUUCCAGAUCCGGCCCCAUGCUCUCUAUGUCCACUCCUACAAGGCCCCUACCUUCUGUGACUAUUGUGGGGAGAUGCUAUGGGGCCUUGUCCGGCAGGGCCUCAAAUGUGAAGGGUGUGGGCUGAACUACCACAAGCGCUGCGCCUUUAAGAUCCCCAACAACUGCAGCGGGGUGAGGAAGAGACGUCUCUCCAACGUGUCCCUGCCGGGCCCCUCGCUGUCUGUCCCCCGGCCCCUCCCUGGUCCUGCUGAACAUGCUGUGGUCGCCACGGAGGAGCGCUCCCACCAGGAGGCAGGGAAGAGGAUCCCAUCGUGUAGCGGCCGGCCCAUCUGGAUGGAGAAGAUGGUGCUGGGCCGGGUCAAGGUGCCCCACACCUUUGCCAUCCACACCUACACCCGGCCCACAAUCUGCCAAUACUGUAAACGGCUGCUCAAGGGCCUGUUCCGCCAGGGCAUGCAGUGCAAAGAUUGUCGAUUCAACUGCCAUAAGCGGUGUGCCUCUAAGGUUCCAAGAGAUUGCUUGGGGGAAGUCUCCUUUGAUGGAGAGCCUGCUAGCCCAGGACCUGACUCGGACAGCACCAUGGAGGUGGACAGUAGUGACGUGGAGAGCACCAGAGGGCUACUGGACGACUCUGAGGAACCUUCCACCCCAGACGACAAGAUGUUCUUCAUGGAUUCUCCUUUCCUGGACCGUGAGAAGGAUGAGGAGCCCAUCAAGACCAUCAGUCCAUCCACGAGCAGUAACAUACCUCUGAUGCGGGUAGUUCAGUCAGUCAAACACACCAAGAGAAGGAGCUCCACUAUGGUGAAGGAGGGUUGGAUGGUCCACUACACCAGCAAAGACAACCUGAGGAAGAGACACUACUGGAGGCUGGACACCAAGAGCCUCAGCCUGUUCCAGAACGAUACUGGAGCCAAAUUCUAUAAGGAGAUUCCUCUCUCAGAGAUCCUGCAGGUGGAACCGGCUCGGGACCUCAGCCUGGCCCUGAGCAGCAACCCACACUGCUUUGAAAUCAUCACCUCCACUAUGGUCUACUAUGUAGGGGAGAACAACGGGGGCCAUUACCAAAGCCCCGCGCUGGCAGCCACAGGCGUGGGCAUGGAGGUGGCCCAAGGCUGGGAGAAGGCCAUCCGGCAGGCCCUGAUGCCCGUCACACCCCAGCCAAGCGUGACUGCCACAGCAGGCCAGGGCAAGGACCACAAACAAGAGUUGUCUAUCAGCAUAUCUGUGUCCAAUUGCCAGAUACAGGAGAAUGUGGAUAUCAGCACAGUGUACCAAAUCUUUUCUGAUGAGGUGCUGGGAUCUGGACAGUUUGGGAUUGUGUAUGGAGGGAAACACAGAAAGACUGGAAGAGAUGUUGCCAUCAAGGUGAUUGACAAGAUGAGAUUCCCUACAAAACAGGAGAGCCAGCUAAGGAAUGAAGUGGCCAUUCUCCAGAACCUCCACCACCCUGGCAUCGUCAACCUGGAGUGCAUGUUUGAGACUCCGGAGAGGGUUUUUGUUGUCAUGGAGAAGCUCCAUGGAGAUAUGCUGGAGAUGAUCCUGUCCAGUGAGAAGGGCAAGCUCCCAGAACGCAUCACCAAGUUCCUGGUCACACAGAUCCUGGUGGCUUUGAGACAUCUGCAUUUCAAGAACAUCGUCCAUUGUGACCUGAAGCCCGAGAACGUGCUGUUGGCCUCAGCUGAGUCCUUUCCUCAGGUCAAACUGUGUGACUUUGGCUUCGCCCGUAUCAUCGGCGAGAAGUCGUUCAGGCGUUCCGUGGUGGGCACCCCGGCCUACCUGGCUCCGGAGGUGCUGCGCAGUAAAGGCUACAACCGCUCCCUGGACAUGUGGUCAGUGGGGGUCAUCGUCUACGUCAGCCUCAGCGGGACCUUCCCCUUCAAUGAGGACGAGGACAUCAACGACCAGAUCCAAAAUGCUGCCUUCAUGUACCCGCCGCAGCCAUGGAAGGAGAUCUCUGCGGAAGCUACAGAUCUUAUCAAUAACCUUCUGCAAGUGAAGAUGAGGAAACGGUACAGUGUGGACAAGUCCCUCAGCCAUCCUUGGCUACAGGAUUACCAGACAUGGCUGGACCUCAGGGAGUUUGAGACACGGCGUGGCGAACGGUACAUCACCCACGAGAGUGACGACGUGCGCUGGGAGGAGUACGCAGACGAACACAGCCUGGUCCACCCUAAACACUUCAUCAUGGCACCUAACCUAGAUGAUAUGGAGGAGGACCCCUAGUGGCCAGGGGGCAUGUUACAGGUGUGACCAAACAUGAGGAACCUAGGCACGUUAUGGACCUUUGGAAGCAUUCUUUCUAAAACUGGUAGUCAUGGACAGACAGCCCUGUCAGGAGACUGUGUGACAGGGAUACAUUCUGACCCCAGACUCUGUGGUUACACGUCCUGCCACAGGAAAAAGACAGGUGGCACUGCGGAGGCGUCUGUUUCUUUAUGACGUAGCAGUGUGAACAAAAACUCUGGGAGAAGGAUUUGGGUCGUUUUAUUUUUUUUAAUAUUGUAGAGUAAUUCCACAAUGAAGCUCAACCUCCUUGCUCCUUUUAGGAAAUAUGUCAUUUAGGACAAUUAUAGUGGAAGAUGGAGCUUUUCCUCACCAUUGGCAGUAAUGUUAUGCAUUCUACUGGUAAAGGAAUUACAGAGUGAGUUUAAAGGGCACUAUUAACAAGGGAUUUGUCUCAACAGAAAGGUUGGAACCUUUGUAUUGGCAAACCUAACUUUGUGCUAAUUCCAAGUUUGUUUUGAAACAAUGUCCUUUGACGGUAUGAAACUGGAACUAAACUUUGUAUGCAGAUGUACUUUACUAAUGGGGGUGGAAUUUUUUGCACUAUACAACCAUCAACCCUAACAAUUUGAAGUUGAAAAGUUAAAGCUGCUACAUCAGGUCACCUGGAGAGAAUGACAUGACUAAGACAGAAUGGGUUGUUGGCAACAGUAAUGUUUGCGGUAAGAGCUUGAUAACGUAAUUCCGUGGUGAGUAACAUAGAGGUGGUGAAGAGGGCUACAAUACAAAAGAAUGAGUAUAGCACCUGUCAUAAUAAAGUAGUUCGAAAAGCUGAGGGACCAAAGACUAAAUCCAAAUGAGGGCCUGUGUUUAUCCACAGAACAUGACCAAUAACUCAUCUGUUUAUGUAACUGCAGUCUUAUAUUUGUACUUCACUCUACUUCAUUUAUUAGAAAGUGGCUUUACUACAUUCCAAGCUGGAUUCAAAUCAAACCUACUAUGUGAAAGAGGAUUGGUUGAACCGAGAACACCAUGUCCCUGUACCAAGCUAUGCCAUCUGAACAGUAAGGAAUGGGAAAAAGGCUUACUACAGGUCUGGUCAUGGCACAAAGGCUUUAAUUCUGGGGCUCCAUAUUGGCAGGUUAAAGACCAAUAUGAAGCAUGGGUUUGUGGUAUACAACAUUGUUGAUUAUAUCAUUUAAAUCUGUGAAGCAAACAGAAAAUAAGUACAUUUUACAUAUCGGUUUGUCUCGCACAGUGUUUAGAAAGAAUAGCUGUUACUGAGCAUAUAAUUGUUUCCCUACAACAUUUUCUAAAUGUUUUAUUUUAUUUUCCUCAUCUUCAAUUUGUAUGUGGUUGAUAUGACAGUUGAUGAACAUGCGCCCAUAAUUCUGGAAUAUGUCAAGUGCAGUGCACUGUGGGUGUCAAUUAAUAUUGCUGUACUGCUUUUGAGUACUCGGUCUACUCCAAGAUUACCAAUGGAAGUUUUAGUUUUGAUGCCCAUUUACUACAUUCAAUGCUUGUGCCAAGUUCAUUCAGUCAAUAAAUGAAGAUGUAGCCUAAAGCCUGUGGUGUUUAUGAGCUGUUAGCAGGGAGCAUCGAUCCUGAUUUAAGUCCUAACGGUAAUUAUUUUGGGAGAAUAGAGGUGGAUCUGUUCCCAUUCUCUUGUUCCUGUAUAUGUUGCCGCUGGAUUGGCAGGUGUCAGUGUUUUGUAUAUUUUAGUACAUACAAAUUUAAUAAAAACUCUACUUCCUUACAA